CGCCUUUGCGGCCGGCAUAUAUUAUGCUUUAGAACACGUUCGAUCGAAGUACAUAGUCUACCAAUACCCACCGCUGAACUUCAACACCAUGCUUCACCAUCAGGUCACUCGCCGCUCGGCUCGCCCAUUCUAAUCCACCGAUUCCAUAACAGAACAUACCACAAAGUCUCGAUUUCUAUGCCUAAAUCUACCACUUUUCCACUCGUCGAAGGAGAGCCGAACACUUACACACUCUCCGUCCUGGCUUACGACGUUCACAACGGACUUUGUUAUUACGCUAUUACGCUAUCACUUUUUCCUGUCCCAGCGCUCGACGUUACACUUUUGGCCGCUCAGACCACAAGUCUCUCCCCCACAUCUCAGCCCUCACAAUGCUCUCCUGACAACUCGCCCAUCAUUCCACCCACGCCGUUGACUACUGCAACUUCCAAUUCGUUACCACUCACACGUUUGGUUCCCAUGGCCGACGUGGAGUGUGGGUGGAGAGGGUCAGGGGAAGUACGACUAGAACUGUAGUUGCUUUCGUUUCUCCGGAUGCUACACCCGCUGGGGUAAGCGGUACAGAUUACAUCCCAGGAAGUAGUGACAAUGAGCCGUUUCGUCAGCGAGAUGAACAAGGAACCAAUGACGAGAAUCCAAAUCCCGUUCAGGGCGAACUCUGCACUAAUGUUCCUCCCCUCAACGCAAGAGCUGUUUUCAGCGUCUAUUCAUACGAUUUACGAGAGGAUAUCACUAUUUGCGCGCUAUCUGAGGCUACCGGGAGAAUAGCGCUGGGCACGAGGACGGGUGCGAUUCGAGUUAUAUGAUAUCAGGACAUGAUGCAAGACCAAUAGUCUACCUCCCGAGUGCUCGCUAUGAUUCAUCUUGACCUUGUACC